AUGAAGAAGAAACUACGAGCUGCAGCUCAGGAAAAGGCCAGACGGCAGCGACACCGACCAAAGCCUGUGCCAAACUUCGACCAGCUGCAUUCCAAGUGGGAAACUGCGCUGAAAAAACGGAAAGAGCUUGCGAGACGCAGCCAAGACGAGGAGGAAGUGAACGAGGACCCUGGAGCUUCGUCAAAGAAAAGUGCAGAGUUUUUCUCGUCACGAGCGGCAAAACUCGCUGAGCUGCAAGAGAAGAAAGAAGCGCGUAAACAGCGCCAAAAAGAGAAGGAAGAAGCCAUUCAACGACACGCUAGACGAGCUCAAGAGAAGCUGUUAGCACGGACGCGUGCUUCACGAGGAGCCGCAGCUGGGAGUCAACGGAAGCCGACGAAAUCCGAGACAUUGCGAGUGCAGAAGCUGAUGGCGGAAGCUGCUAAGCAAGAGAAAGAGAGACAACGGGAAGAACGAGAAGCAGAUGCUCGAGAACGAAGACGCGAAGAAGCAGCACGUCGAGUGCGUGCCCAAGUCAAGCGAUCGGAGACUGUCCGACGAGAUAAUUACGCUGGGAGCUUUGUGGAGUUAAAAGAUCUGGACGUUGUCGCCAAGGAGAAAGCACGCGAACAACGGCAACAGUUCAAAGAGGCGAUUGCGCGAAACAAGGAGAAACUCCUGGCAGCUGCAGCAACGCGUCCCAGCCUCAUGGAGCGGUUCAGUACGAAUGCCAAGCGAGAAACUCACCGUCGAGCAGCACUCGAAGCUGUCGUAAAGACGGUUUUCCAGAAAGAUUUCUCCACGCUCAAAGGCGUAUUGACCGACGAUGAGCAAGAGCUCGCAAGUGCAAUGAUCGCUGCCGACGACGACGAUAGGAGUGAGACUGCGUAA